AGAAGUGAAAGCAAAAGCAGCAAACAAUUGAGGUGGUGACAUGGAGGAUGGAUGCAAAAGGAGAUGCUGCCAUGGCCCUGGCCCCCAGCUGCCGCCUCACACGCGCCAUAUUCCCCUGCCGCCGAGCCGAUUCGCGCCCGGGCGUAUCCAUACAUAUACCGCCGGAGGUGGAGACGGGGCCGGAAUAUCUCCCCACCGCACCGGCCGGUGGAGUCCAAGGAAAGGAACCCACCACCCAGCCAGCCAGCCAGCCGGCCGCCUAUAAGAACCGGCCCGCGCCGGAAGCAAUCGCUUGCUGUCGCCGCGGUAGAAGCAGCCGCCGUCUUCUCUGACUCCGGCCGCCGCGGCUUCUCAUGCUGGCCACACCGCCGACGCUGCUGCUGCGAUACGGUCAUACGGAGCGCCGCGGUGGUGCGGUGGUGGGUACGCUGGAAAUGGCAUCGUCGUGUGGUGGCGCCCAGCAGCAGCAGGGUGGCGAGGCCAGGGCGCGGCUCAAGUGGACGCGCGACCUGCACGACCGCUUCGGGCUCGCCGUGGCCCAGCUCGGCGGCGCCGACAAGGCGACGCCCAAGUCCGUCCUGAGGGCCAUGGCCGUGCCGGGGCUCACGCUCUACCACCUCAAGAGCCACCUCCAGAAGUACCGGCUGGCGGUGAGCCGAGACCUCGUCACCACGCCCCCCGGCGAAGGCUCCAACGACCGGUGGUCAUCUUCCUCGGAGAGCCAGCCGGACGAGCACGACGAGGACGCCGCCGCCGAGUGGCGUGGCGCAUUUGCCGCCAGCAGCACUGAAGAAGCUCCCUGCGAUCCUCCCAGGAGCAUGGCGCGGAUGCAGAGGGAGGUGCAGAGGAAGCUGCAGGUGCAGAUCGAGGUCCAGCGGCACCUGCAGCUGAGGAUCGAGGCGCAGGGGAGGUACCUGCAGUCGGUGCUGCGCCGGGCGGAGGAGGUCCUCGCAGACCACGCCGUCGGCUCGCCGGAGCUCUCGGAGCUGGCCUCCGCGGUUGAGUCCGGGUGCCUGUCCUCCUCCUCCUCGCUCUCGCCGUCCCCGCCGCGCCACCGCUCCGCCGGCAGCUGCGUCACGUCCUCCUCCUCGGAGGGCGAGAGACAGGCCGGCGCCGGGUCCAAGAGGCCGUGCACGUGCGCCGCCGCCGAGCAGCCGGUGCAGGGCAGCAAGAGGACCUUCCUGCAGAGCCACGAGGAAGGGGAAGCAGACGCAGACGAAGACGCAGAAGCAGAGGACGGCAGCUCACCAGAGAUCGAUCUCAACAGGUAGGGGGAGAACAGAAGACGAUCGCCAUCAGAAGCAUCUCUGCUGCAUGUGCCGAGCAUCGGGAACAGGGGAUGAUUGGUGGUGUGGCCUCCAAGGUUGGGACCAGGCUUUUCAGCAAUGUCUGAUGCUGCUGCAACGGCUGGUGAUGCUACACUGCUAGCCUGCAGCAACCACACUGCUCUUCAUUCCACAAUAUGAUACAUCUAUAUUUUAAUUUAUGCAAAUGGUUCUUGUGUUUCAUGUACCUCUGUAAAAAAAACAAAGCUGUGACUGGAACUAGAGGCAGGCCCAGCUGCAGAUGAGGCACAUGCAGGAUGCUUGAGGUGCAAUGCAAGGAUGCAUGUAUAGUUAUAGAACUGUGGUAGGAGUAGCUAGUAUCAUCAUAUGCCAUCAGUGAGAUUGAUGCCUUAACAGGGCAAUGGGAUGAGAGCUGGAAAUGGUUUGGAAUGUAAGCUAAGAUUAAAUUUCAAACCUGCUGGGCUCAGUGCACAAUUACAAGUUCA